UGUAUUUCCACGACCACCUUCACCUUCUCUCACCAUCUUACCUUCCCAACCGCGCCUUCCCAACCCUCUUAUCCCCUCUCACCACCUACCUUCUACUUCUCUCUCUCUACCUUCUACUUCUCUCUCUACCUUCUACUUCUCUCUCUCUACCUUCCACCUCACCACUUCCAUCACAAUGGACCCAGACCGUCUCUCCAUAACCCUCUCGCUCCGCCUUCAGAUUCAGGAUAUCAACGAGAUCCUCACCGCUCACCGAAACUCCCUUGUCUACCACCUUCAAUCCCCAUCCUCUCCUUCACCAUACCCAUUCUCCAUCCCAGCGCUCGAAUCUCAGCGCGAUGAACUCGUUCAACGCCUUCACCUUCACAUGAGCGAGGGCGUGGCCCGCGGUCUCACGAGGGACGAAAACGAGAACGUGGGAACUUUCCGACGACUUUUGGUCGAGGAACAGGUCGCGAGGAGGGACCAUGCGAUUGCGAGGGAGCUGGGGGGACUGCCAGCUUGGGACGUACGGGAUAGGAACGCCAGAGACAUAAGGGGACCGGUUCGAGCUGAGACGGCUGCCCCGAGGAGGACUGCGGGUCCAGGGAGGGUGAAGUUCGCUGAGCAGUAGUCUGCUUCUAAGCAGAAUGGUGUCCCUCAAGCCGCAGCUGUCGGAAAAGCAGCCGAGUCGUCCACUUCGAAGGCUUCGUCAGGUGAUACGAAGGGUCGGAAUGCAGAUGGGCAGGCCAAAGUGAAGGGAGGUGCAUCUGCACUUCCUUCUCAACCGAACGGCGUCCCGAAAGCGCCUACUGUUAA